AUGGCCAAGAAAGCGAAAUCUCGCACGAUUGCCGUUCGCCUGAUCUCCAUGGCUAUGACCGGGUACUAUCGCACAAUGAUCCGCCCUCGUACGCAUCGCCCUCUGAGUAUGCUCAAAUACGACCCCGUGGUGAAGAAGAAGGUCUUGUUCCUGGAAGCGACAAAGGGUGGAAGGGCGAAAUGA